CUUUUCUUCCAUGCCUAUGUGAUGUUAAACCCAACCAAGUCAACGCUCCUCGUACCAAACGCUGUUACGAGCGCAGCAUUUCGAAGAAGCAUUCGCUGAUCGCUUGUAAAAGCAGCAGGAAGACGCAUUCGCCUGUUAGUUUUCCGGUGCACUGUCGCUUUAAGAGUGCUCUCCGUUUCCGCGUACACGCGCAGCAGCAGUAGGGCUCGAGCUCUCACAUCCUGGUACUUUGCACUACAUGGCAGCAGCGGGAGAGAAAGGGUGAUCCGGGAAGUGAACCCCACUGUCCUAUCUGGACUCCCGUCUGAGCGUCUGUAAACAGUCCAGGAAAGUUAAGCCUGAUCGCCAGUUGCAGGUUUUGCUCUUGGAUGCUACUUUUGGAAGAAUUGGAACUAUGCUGCAGUCAUUUUCUAUAAGCCUAAAUUUAACUAAACACAGGGAGGAAGACAGCCACAAAUAAAAUAUAAUGUGACCUUGUUGCAGAGAAAGCAUCUGUCUUAACAAGGGACACCUUCUUUGUAGGAUUUGAUGUGUACAUCAUUAAACUGUGGUGAGGGAGGAGGGAACAAACAGUAGGUAUGUCUAAGACAACGACCUUGAUGAGGCACCGAUACCGGCCUGUGUCGGAAUUCGAUGAAGUCACUCUGGCCUCUAAAAGGGAAUACUGGAGAACUAAGAAAAGGGAGCAGAGAGCAAGGCUGUCCAAGGCCAAGAAGAAGGUUAAAGCUCCAAACACAGGAAUCUGUAAACCUGUGUGUACAGAUGGACAUGUGCCUCCUUGUGAAUUUAGUCCUACUUUGCUCAAUAGUGAUGGUUCAUACCAAACAAAUGUUGCACAAAAUCAGACCAAGGGUAUGGUGAUUUGUAAAAAGCAGAUGAAAAGCUUGACCACUGAAGAAUCAAACAUGGAAGCUUCCAUGAUCAAACUUAAUGGGGCACCACUCACCAAGGGCUUACCAGUGCCUGCAGCAUGCAUAAAGGUACACCCAACCAGCACAACACCUCGACAGACACUGAACAGAUCAUCAGCCUUUAACGGCAACCUCUCAAGCAUUUCUCAGAUAAGUGCUGUAUCCCAGCUAGCACCAAAGUGCAGCAAACAAGCCCCUCAAAUUAAAUGCUGUGUAACACCCAGGUCCUUGGCCUUUGUGGAAUGUAAGUUUGAUAAAGACCAGCGCAUCCUAGCAAGAAGUGGUACCAAUACAAAUAGAAAUGCUGGUGCCAACGUUCCGGUAUGCAGCAUGGUCGUGUGCAAAACCACAGAAGUGGCCAUGACUGAAGAGGAGAAGGUUGCUAAGCGUAGGGAGAACUGGCGUAUCAAAAAACGAGAGCAAAGGGCAAAACGUGCUGAGAAGCUGAAGAUGGAUCGAGAAAAGCUGCAAAGUUUUGAAAAAGGACAACAGGAAACAGAGAAGCUUUCCUGUGCUGCCCCAGCACAUUCAUUAUCUCCUGUGAACACAAUGGCUUUGAGAGGAGCCAAGCAAUGUAACUCUGGGAUGUCUGUUGACUCAAGACUGAGUGCUGGAAAACCAUUACAUUAUGGAGUCAGAGUGGAAAGAGAUAAAUUAUCAACCCAAAGACCCUAUAAACCACAAUCAGUGGUUUUAAAACUAGCCGAAAGGCAAAGGUUAAUAACCAAAAACCUCUCCUCUGUUGCAGUUUAUAGCACAAAUCAAUUUCAGGAUUCAAAACAAAAUCAUAUGGCCAUAUCUUCAGGGGUUUCUCUGCAGCCUUUAAGAUCUACCCAAGCAAGUGGGCAAUCCAAAAUGCCGCAACAGAGGUUUGUCCGAAUUCAAAGGCGGCGUGGUUUACCACAAGGGAAUGAGACAGCCGAGGAGCGACUUGCCAAGCAAAGGGAGUAUUGGCGUAUCAAAAAGCGGGAGCAAAGAGCAAAGCGUUCUUUGGUAUUGAAAGGCCGCUUGAAGGACCGGGAUGCGUUUAAUUGGCGUGCAAAGCGCUACCAGAUCAUAAUGGAGCAAAUGCGAAAGACACCAACAGGCCUCCAGAAAAUACCACAACCAAAUAAAAACACACUCCUCAACACCUCUAAUCCUAUUAGUAGCUUUAUCAAAGAGGAUGGCACAGUAACUGUCACCAUGUCGAAGACUACAGCUGAGAAAGGUCCACCUGCCAUAAGCUGCAGUUUAUCAUCUGUGAAAUUAUCAGAGUCAUCUGGUCCACCUAUGUCACAAAAUUUAAUUAGGACCAGAGCCAGACCUGUUCUACAUAGCAUUCCAAAUAACACAAAUGUGUCAGCAAAUCAGCGAAGAACUCGAAGGUCAACUGGUCAGAACAUUACUGCUUUUGAUCCUGUGGUUGGGUCAAAAGUAGCCAGUGGUACAGAAGAUGCUACGAUUCUUACAAGUUCAACAGAAGCCACCCAGACUGAAGACCUAAUUGCAGAGAAUAGGACAACUUUUAAGACGGAGUUGGAGAGCUGUGAUUCCAGUUCAGCUGUUACCCCAGGUUUGGUCUCAACACCAUGUGAUACCACAAAACAAGAACCCAUUUAUCCCUCAAUAGCUAUGGUAUGUUCCCUCAAAGAACAAAGUCAGACUAUGAACAUUAAAGACACAAAAUCUGUACCUUCCUGUCCCCAGACCAGUGCUGAGGCGGAGCCUUGUUCGAAUAGUGACAGCCAGUCCACCACUCUCUUAGUGGUGGCAUCUAUGAAAAAGCUCCUGGAAGAAUCUCUUAGCUCGGUGGGUGACAGUAAUAGCUGUUCUAUAGAUAAAGGUGAGCUUUUGCCUUGUAAAACUGAAGAUAAACCUUUUCUUCAGGAGGAGAAAGAAACAGACAGAAAGCCUGACCUUACAACACCUCAGGAAUUCUCUGCAGACACUUACUCUUCUGUAGUGGUCAAACAGAGUCCAUCUCCUUGUCAUUCUCCCCUGCAGGCACAAGACUUUUCUUCUGACGGUACUGUCCUUUCAUGCCGAGACUCCUCACUUCAACUUCCUUGUACUGCCACUUGCUUUAAUAAAGUUCCAGGAGAUGAAAGAUGUGAAUUGCCAGUGGCUGUAUGUGUGACCCCCUUACAGAGGGGCAACUCAGUACAUAGUGGCAAAACUUCCGCACCCCAGCGGAAUUUUCCUCCUCAGGCUCGUGGAGGUCAGCAGCUGAAUGAGAACAGUGAGCUCCAGAGAAAGAGAGAAUACUGGCGAGUAAUGAAAAGGCAACAGAGAGCAAGGAAGGCCAAAGAGAUGGAGAGAGGAAAAGAUGCUCUGCGUCCUCCUCAGAGGAAAUGUGGCACCUCUCAAGUCAUUCACCCGCCUGUGGCUCAGAAGAUGAAUCACACAAACCUUAACAAUCCUGUUAUUCUACCCAGUGUCACUUCACGUCCCACCCGGCCUGUGUUAAGUCCCACUGCAUCAUCUAACCAACAGCCAUCAAAUGAGGCAAGGCAGCUAUUGUUUGAAGGACAGAAGGGUAAGACUAAAUAUUCAGAGGUGUCUCAGGUGAACAAAUGGCAGCUACAGGUUCAGGGAAAUGUUCCUACUUCAGCCACCAGACCAGGUACUGUGACCUCCAUUCCGAUGAAUAAUGUAAAGCUGUCAGAUCCUCAAAUACAGACUAGAGGGUCCUCAAUGACCAAAUUAAAAAGUAAUCAAAGCCAAUUAAAGAUAACUGCAAAUCAAGAACUAGAUCCUGAUGACGUUAUACAAAGGAAGAGGAUGCAUUGGAGAAUAAAGAAGCAGGAGCAGCGAGCUCGGAAGGCGGCACGGGAAAGAGAGCUCAGCCACCAGACAACACUCAACCAAUCAAGACACAGCUGGUCAAACAACGUUACACAUGUAGUUCAAAGCAUACCACCAGAGAGACUGGACUACAUGCCUGAAGAGUGUCAGACUACAUCAGUGAAAGAUGAAGCAGAAAUAUGUUAUAUUCCUGAUGAUGAUUGUUCAGAUGAGCCCUUGUCAGAGGACAAGUGGAGAAGCACCUACCUCAUGGAUUACGAUCCUGUAAACCAGCUGCUGGUGUGCAUGGUGUGUGGGGAACAGCAGUACACCUUUAGUGCAGAGGUAGUGAGAGCUCAUAUAGAGGAAACCCACCCUGGCACUCUGUCAUUGGAAGAGGCUGAGCGUCAACGCAUCCUAGAAGCCUGGGAUGAGCAAGUGGCAGUGAGAGAGCGCUUCUUCACCAACCAGCUGUGGCAGAACAGCAGUGUCCUCAAAGAACAGAGCUCGAGGCACACAGCUGAGGUCGAAGUGAUUCUGGGCCAAGAUGACAAAGCAGAUCAAUCUAAAUAAGUCUUGGUUUGCUGAUAGAAAACAAGGUAGUGUGAGAAAUGACAUUUUCCACAAGAAUGUCAAAAUCUGGAAAUCUGAAAUGUAUUUGUUAAGCAAAACACAAAAGCACAGAGGGACAUUUGAGGCAUACUCUGCCUGAGCAUGUUAAAGCUCUUUUUAUAGUAAACACCAAACACAUGGUGUUUUCAUCUGGAUUGUACUGCAUUGCUGUAUUGCAAACUUUUUCUUAGAGAGGGGACAAAGUGAUACAUCCAAUAUAAAUGCGUGCAAAUGAUAUCAAUUUUAUACAUUUAUGUUUACAUACAUUCAUCUAUGUGCAUCCAUGUAUUCAUCUGUGUUUAACAUUCAACAUUAACCUCCAUAGCUGUUUGUGUUCUGGAUCUUUCACAAACUGAGGAGUCGAAUUUGAGAUACUGUAGACCUCUUCAAUGGCAUGCUGUUUCUUUCACCCUGGUGCUUAUCAUUUCCUCAGAGCAUUGCCUUCCUUUUUUAAGAUGUUACUAUUUAAUACUACAUACUUACACACACCCACACACCUGUUACGUUACAUAGUGAUCUCACUGAACCAUUCAUGUUAAUGAUGUUUAAGUGUGCAUUUGCUAUACAUACAGCAAUUAUUUCUGUUUUAAUAAAAAUCUUUUUGUUCUGGGAAAAGAAUAAAGAAUUUGGUAUUCAUUUUACUUUCUGA